CCUAGGCAACCAGGUGGCGGUGGCCGUGGAGGGGAGGUGGAUCCCAGGAGCUAUAAAGCCUUUCUCUGCCCUCCCUUGGGAGCUGGUGAGGACUGCCCGCCAGAGUGUGUGUUCCAGGUCUUCUGACGCCAUGGGCACCCGCUACUUCCUGGCUCUGUUUCUGGUCCUCCUGGUAUUGGGAUUUGAAGUCCAGGGGGUCCCUCUGACCCAGGAAGACGAGGCCAGCAGCUCCUCGCUGUUCUCCCAGGUGCAGGAAUCACUUUUUAGUUACUGGGAUUCGGCCAAAAUAGCGGCCAAGGACCUGUACCAAAAGACCUACCUGCCCUCUGUGGACGAGAAAAUAAGGUCCUUUCUCUUCUGGCCGGAGAUGAGUGACAGCUGGAUACCACGCACAGGAGAGGAGAUAGUCCAGAGCCCAACAACUGCUUGGGCCCCGACCACCCCUCAACUCCCCGCUUCUUAGCAGCUCUCAGCAUCUGGCUCCCAACUUUAGCCUGAUUGCUUAUCAAUUAAAAAAAAGACAAAUUUCUUCUCUUU